AGGACACCCCGAGCUAUCAGCGCAUGAAAAAGUGCAAUACAAUGCUAUUGGAAAAUCUUUACAGACGGCCUAGUUUUUAGGUGAUUUAUAGGACACCCUGUAUAUAUCCUUUUAUCGUACAUUACUGAUGAGAACAACUAAUAAAGAGCGGAUUUCUCUGCAUUACUGUUCUAGAUUAUAAAAUUUGGUCUUUAUAUGAACCAAAGGAUCUUUGUUCUUCUACAUAUAUAUAUAUAUAUAUGUAUGAGAAUACAUCUAGCCGCUCAAUGCCUUUUUGUACUAUUCAUUCUACAGAAAAUAGAAAUCCGGCUCUAGAAAACCUCACUAUAUUGUGAUUCUAUUUCUCUCUACACUGAAGAAAGGAGUUUCAUCUUGAUUAUGAGACAAAAUGGCCGUUUCUGGAAAGAAAAUCCAUUGCUUUUUAGGAAUCGAGCAUUUAGCAGAGUUUUUAAAACCCUAUCUCUAAAACAGCAAGGGCAUUUGAAGAAACUUAUAAAUCAAUGUUACCACGAAUAGUAAGAAAGCAGAAAAGUACAGCCCCUUUACGGAUUCGAACCUGCCAGAGAGUAAUACUUUUCUGCUUCUCGUAUUUUCUCCUUGAAAAAAGCAUUUUCGAGAGUUGCGUCUAGAACGUAAAAUGUGUCAAAUUUAAUUUUCUAAAUUUUAUGUGUUGGAACCAGAUUUUCAGAAAUCGUUCUUCAUGGUGAAAAACAGUGAAUCCCAUUUUUACCGUGAAGAUCGAUUUGUACAAGUUGAGCCUAGCAACAACUUAGGAAUGUAAAUUUGCCACAUUUUUGUCUCAAGAUCAACUUUGGAAAACUCCUCUCAUGGCCAAAUUCAGAAUAUAGCCGAAAAGGUGGUAUUUCAUUUUUCACCAUAAAGUUGAAUCUAAUUGAAUCAAUCCAAAGUUGAAUCUAGCGACAAAAAUGUUGCAAAUUUAAUUUUCUAAAUUUUAUCUGCUAAGCUCAACUUUGUACAAAUCGAUCUUUACGGUGAAAAACGGUAUUUACUAUUUUUCACUAUGAAGAACGAUUUCUGAAAAUCCGAUGUCUACACAUAAAAUUUAGAAAAUUAAAUUUACCACAUUUUAUGUUCCAGACACAAGUCUCGAAAAUGGUCAGUUAACUGGGCGGUUAACGUAGUUGUCAACCUCCCGUUCCUACUCGAUUAUGAUAACCUAGUGCUAGGUUCACUACUAGAUUGGAGCUAGCUUACUAGGUAAAAAGUUACAUUUGGCUAGAUCCAUCAAGUGAAUAACCACCCGGUUAUGUAGUCGAUGGAGCUAGAUUUUCUCCCUACAGUAUUUUUGCUUGGGUAUUGAAGUUCGCGAUAUAGUGCAGAUGAAAUAAAGUACAUCUUAUUCUGAUGCAGUUUCCAUCGAUUUUGAGUUGUGAAUUUUCUAAUUUUACGUGAAAAUAGGCAAAAAUGGGUUAUUUCACCAAAUAUAGGCUUUCCUAGGUGUCUGAACUUUAUCGAAAAACAAAUGUUGCCACGAGACUCAGCGUGGUCGAUUACCUAUGCUUCCAUUCACUUCGGUGAUUACUACACCUAAAGAAAUAUUCAUCCUGGGGCUCUCAGGAAAUCCGAUACCACAUCUAAACCAUGGAGGCCUAAGAGAUGGCUUAAUUCUCAUGGAGAGGACAGUUUAAGCUAUCUAUCCAUGUAUAUAUCUAAUAUUGCUAUGUUAAGUUUUCUUAUUAUGAAAUGGUUUUCCAAAGAGCCCCUUAAAAACCGUUUUUUUAAUGUUUUUUCAAAGCGUUCGUGCUAUUGAAAAGAUACUCUCGGAUGUCGGCUUUCGAAUGGUGAAAAUCGCAUGACUUCAUCUCAUUUUAUUUUUCAGUUAUUUGAAAAAUUUAAGUUGAGAUGAAUAGUAAUUAUCGGUGAAAAAAUUUUUCUAUUGCAAAUCUAUGAGUAAUACCUGAGGUUUACAAAGAUUCUUUGUAAUACUUACUCUAGAAAAAUAUUCUCAACAUGAUUUGUGUAAAGAAGUACGUGGUCAAGUCUUCGUAUUCGGUGAAAACCACAGACCUUCAUCACGUUUCUUUCAAACGCUAUUAUAAAAAUAACCGAACACAUUCCCUUUUCUACGGCGAUAGGUUUUUUUCUUUCUAGGCGUAGUGCAAUCGGCUAUUUAUUAUAUUAAAACAAAUAUUUUAAAAUAUAUUAAUUUGUUCAAUAUUGAUCGUAAUGUGACAUCGCCAAUAACCCAGUUGCUAGAUCCAUCAACGUUAUCGCAACAAACGAAUUCAGCUAUUGCUACAACAAAUGAUGAGUCGGCCAAAAUCAAAACGAUGUGUAAAAGAAUUCUUCAGUUCCCAUCUGUAAUAUUUAAUAAAACACAUUUAUAUUCAGUUAGUUGGAUAAAAAAUAAUAAUCAACUUUUGCAACCCGCACUGGAAAUGUUAACAAAUGAAGAGUUGUUAUUGCUAAAAACUGAUGGACUUAGUCACAGGAGUAAACCAUUCGCUGCUUAUGUUAAACUCCUACCACCGGCAGACACACAGCUUUGUCAUCAAGAGAUGAACAAAAAAUUGAUGAAAUACGAUUUAUCAUCGAAUGAUUUUAUUGUCUCAUGUUCAUCAAUUACUCUACCUGCCGGAUUUAUGAUUAGUAAGGAAUUAAAAACAUUGUUCUCCGGUACUUUGUAUUCCUCGAUUAUUUCACAACCAGUGGUCGUGGAAAAUAUGUCAACAGUAGAAGACGCGCCAGCUCCAGCGGGAAAUUUACCCGAACCACAGCGACAAGCUGCUGGAACAACUGCUGCUCCUCAGGAUGCCGCAGAAACAACGGAUUCAUCAAAUUGGAUAUCAGUUUCUCCUGCUGCAGCAGAUCCUGUUGCCUCACACACAACAGCGCAUCAUACGAGAAAAAAGUAUCCAAAACGCAUAAGAUCAACAUCGCCUGUAAAAACGCGUUCGAGUAGAUCAAAAGUGCAACGUUUGAAUUAA